AUGGCUGAAUCACAAGUUGAACGUUUCACAUUCCAAGCUGAAAUUAAUCAGCUUAUGUCCCUUAUUAUUAAUACUUUUUAUUCAAAUAAAGAAGUAUUUUUAAGAGAAUUGAUUUCAAAUGCAUCUGAUGCCUUAGAUAAAAUUCGUUACCAAUCAUUAACUGAUGCAUCAGUUUUGGAAUCAAAAACUGAACUCGAAAUUAAAAUUAUUCCAGAUAAGACUGCCAAAACUCUUACACUCAUUGAUAGUGGUAUUGGUAUGACCAAAACCGAUAUGGUAAAGAAUUUAGGUACUAUUGCUCGUUCAGGUACUAAAAACUUUAUGGAACAAUUACAAAGUGGUGCCGCUGAUAUCAGUAUGAUUGGUCAAUUUGGUGUUGGUUUCUACUCUGCUUACUUAGUUGCCGAUACUGUUAUUGUUCACUCUAAAAACAAUGAUGAUGAACAAUACGUUUGGGAAUCAAGUGCUGGUGGUGAAUUUACCAUUGCUCUCGAUCAUACCGAACCAUUAGGUCGUGGUACUAAGAUUGUUUUACACAUGAAAGAAGAUCAACUCGAUUAUUUAGAUGAAACUAAAAUCAAAAAUCUCGUAAAGAAACACUCUGAAUUCAUUCAAUAUCCAAUUAGUCUCUUAACCAUUAAAGAAAAAGAAGUUGAUGAAGAAACCACUGCCAAAGAAGGUGAAGAAGAAUCAACUGAUGCUAAAAUCGAAGAGAUUGAAGAAGAAAAAGAAAAGAAGAAAGUUAAAGUUCAAGAAAAAGAAUGGGAUGUCCUCAACAAAACUAAACCACUCUGGACUCGUAAUCCAUCAGAUGUCACCAAAGAAGAAUAUAACAGUUUCUAUAAAUCAAUCUCAAAUGAUUGGGAAGAACCAUUAGCUGUUAAACACUUCUCUGUUGAAGGUCAACUCGAAUUCAAAGCUAUCCUCUUUGUACCAAAGAAAGCUCCAUUCGAUUUAUUCGAAAGUAAAAAGAAAGCCAACAACAUUAAACUCUACGUUAAAAGAGUUUUCAUUAUGGAUAACUGUGCUGAUAUCAUUCCAGAAUACUUAAACUUUGUUCGUGGUAUUGUUGACUCAGAAGAUCUUCCAUUAAACAUUUCUCGUGAAACCCUCCAACAAAAUAAAAUUCUCACUGUUAUCCGUAAGAAUCUCGUCAAGAAAUGUAUUGAACUCUUUAAUGAAAUCGCUGAAAACUCUGAAGAUUAUAAAAAAUUCUAUGAAGCUUUCUCAAAGAAUCUUAAACUCGGUGUUCAUGAAGAUAGUCAAAACAGAGAGAAAUUCGCUGAUCUCCUCCGUUACCAAACCUCAAAAUCUGGUGAUGAAUUAGUUACUCUCAAAGAAUAUGUUGGUCGUAUGAAAGAAGGUCAAAAUGAAAUUUACUAUAUCACUGGUGAAUCUAAAAAAGCUGUUGAAAACUCUCCAUUCAUUGAAGGUCUCAAGAAGAAGAAUCUUGAAGUCAUUUACAUGUGUGACCCAAUUGAUGAAUAUGCUGUUCAACAAUUAAAAGAAUAUGACGGUAAGAAAUUAGUAUCAAUUACCAAAGAAGGUUUGAAAUUAGAUGAAACCGAAGAUGAAAAGAAAAAAGCUGAACAAGAUAAAGCUGCCAAUGAAGAAUUACUCAAACAAGUUAAAGAUGUAUUGGGUGAUAAAGUUGAAAAGGUAGUUCUCUCAACUCGUCUUGCCAACUCACCAUGUGUUUUAGUUACCUCUGAAUAUGGUUGGUCAGCAAACAUGGAACGUAUCAUGAAAGCUCAAGCUCUCCGUGACUCUUCAAUGUCAUCAUACAUGUCAUCAAAGAAAACUUUAGAAUUAAAUCCAGAUCACCCAAUCGUUAGAGAUUUAGCCAAAAAAGCCGCCGAAAAAAGUAAAACUUUCAAAGACUUUGUUUACUUAUUAUAUGAAACUGCUCUCUUAACUUCAGGUUUCUCAUUAGAUGAACCAUCAUCAUUUGCUUCACGUAUUCAUCGUAUGAUUAAAUUAGGUUUAAGCAUUCAAGAUGAUUCAUCAGCAACAACUGAAGAAUCAACAAACACAACAACCAGUGAUGAUAUUCCACCAUUAGAAGAAAACGAUGAACCAUCUGAAAUGGAAAAAGUCGACUAG